GAGGCUCCCUCCAGAUCCACGCCCCGUGAACGGACUCUCUUCGCUUUGGCAAUUCGAUGGUUUCAGGGCCAAGAUCUCGGAUGUGUUCACAUGUAUUUGAGCAUGACGUCUCCUUUUUUUUGGACCAUACCACGGCGACUCAAAACCCGGAUUCUGUUGCCAUGUCUUGCGGUUUCAAGGCGACGCGGCAGGAUCCUGCAGGCAUCUUUGAACUUGUUGAACUUGUUGGCAAUGGUACCUACGGACAAGUCUAUAAGGGUCGUCAUGUUAAAACAGGGCAGCUUGCAGCUAUUAAAGUUAUGGACGUCACUGGGGAUGAAGAAGAGGAGAUUAAACAAGAAAUUAACAUGCUAAAGAAAUAUUCACAUCAUCGAAAUAUUGCUACUUAUUAUGGUGCUUUCAUUAAAAAGAACCCACCAGGAAUGGAUGAUCAGCUCUGGUUGGUAAUGGAGUUUUGUGGUGCUGGCUCUGUCACCGAUCUGAUCAAGAACACAAAAGGGAACACUUUAAAAGAGGAGUGGAUUGCCUACAUCUGCAGGGAGAUUUUACGGGGUUUAAGUCAUCUGCAUCAGCACAAAGUAAUCCACCGAGAUAUUAAGGGACAGAAUGUUUUGCUGACGGAAAAUGCAGAAGUAAAACUAGUGGAUUUUGGAGUCAGUGCUCAGCUUGACAGAACAGUUGGACGAAGAAAUACAUUCAUCGGAACGCCCUACUGGAUGGCCCCUGAGGUUAUUGCCUGUGAUGAAAAUCCCGAUGCCACUUAUGACUUCAAGAGUGAUUUGUGGUCUUUAGGGAUAACAGCCAUCGAGAUGGCAGAAGGAGCUCCCCCCCUUUGUGACAUGCAUCCCAUGAGAGCUUUGUUCCUUAUUCCACGAAACCCGGCCCCCAGGUUGAAAUCAAAGAAAUGGUCAAAAAAGUUCCAGUCCUUCAUUGAAAGUUGUCUUGUAAAGAAUCAUGGUCAGAGGCCAACCACCGAACAGCUGAUGAAGCAUCCAUUUAUUCGAGAUCAACCUAAUGAAAGGCAGGUUCGCAUCCAGCUCAAGGACCAUAUUGACAGAACAAAGAAAAAACGUGGAGAAAAAGAUGAGACUGAAUAUGAGUACAGUGGAAGUGAAGAGGAAGAGGAAGAAAAUGACUCUGGAGAACCCAGCUCCAUCCUAAACUUGCCAGGAGAGUCAACAUUAAGGCGAGACUUUCUGAGGCUUCAGCUUGCAAAUAAGGAACGGUCAGAGGCCCUCCGUCGGCAACAGCUAGAGCAACAACAACGUGAGAAUGAAGAACACAAGCGACAACUGUUAGCAGAACGGCAAAAGAGGAUCGAGGAGCAGAAAGAACAGAGACGGAGGUUAGAAGAGCAGCAAAGGCGGGAGAAGGAAUUAAGAAAGCAGCAAGAGCGAGAGCAGAGACGGCAUUAUGAGGAGCAAAUGCGCCGAGAAGAGGAGAGGAGGCGGGCUGAGCAUGAGCAGGAAUACAUCAGGCGGCAGUUAGAGGAAGAACAGAGGCAGUUAGAGAUCCUGCAGCAGCAGUUACUGCAGGAGCAAGCGCUUCUUCUGGAAUAUAAGCGCAAACAGCUAGAAGAGCAGCGGCAAGCAGAGAGGCUACAGCGGCAGUUGCAGCAGGAACGGGACUACCUCGUCUCCUUGCAGCAGCAGCAACAACAGCAGCAGCAACAGAGACAAGAGCAGAGACCAGCCGAGAAGAAGGCCCUUUAUCAUUACAAGGAAGGGUUGAAUGCCAGCGAGAAGCCAGCAUGGGCAAAAGAGGUUGAGGAACGUUCCAGGCUCAAUCGGCAGAGUUCUCCAGCAAUGCCUCAUAAAGUGGCCAACAGGAUAUCCGAUCCAAACCUGCCUCCUCGUUCAGAGUCCUUUAGCAUUAGCGGGGUGCAGCCUGCUCGGACACCACCCAUGCUCAGACCAGUUGAUCCACAGAUUCCACAUCUGGUCAGUGUGAAAUCCCAAGGACCUUCCUUGCCUGCCUCUCAGUCACUGCAUGAACAGCCUACAAAGGGAAUGGCUGGGUUUCAGGAUGCUCUGACGGUGACCUCUCACCGCACUGAGAUACCAAGGCAGAACUCGGACCCAACCUCUGAAAACCCUCCUCUCCCCCCUCGUGUUGAAAAGUUUGACCGAAGUUCUUGGUUACGACAGGAAGAAGACAUUCCACCAAAGGUGCCUCAACGAACUACUUCCAUUUCACCUGCAUUAGCUCGUAAGAACUCUCCCGGGAAUGGGAAUGCAUUGGUUCCUAGGCCAGGAUCACAGCCCAUAAGAGCAAGUAACCCUGACCUACGGAGAACAGAACCCAUAAUAGAAAACCCCUUACAGAGGACAAGCAGUGGAAGCUCUUCCAGCUCAAGUACUCCCAGUUCACAGCCUAGUUCUCAGGCAGGCUCGCAACCAGGAUCCCAAGCUGGGUCUAGUGAACGUAACCGAGCAAGAGGAAAUACCAAGUCUGAAGGAUCACCCAUACUUCCUCACGAGCCAGCUAAGAUCAAACAGGAGGACAACAAGGACAUGACGCGGCCGAGCCGACCUGCUGAUCUGACUGCCUUAGCAAAAGAACUGAGGGAGCUGCGGAUUGAAGAAACCAACCGGCCUCUGAAAAAAGUUACGGACUACUCUUCCUCCAGUGAGGAGUCAGAAAGCAGCGAAGAAGAAGAGGAAGAUGGGGAGGGUGAAACGCAGGAUGGGACUGUGCCGGUCAGCGACAUUCCUAGGCUUAUACCAACUGGAAUGUCGGGAAACAACGAGGCCUACAACCUAGGCAUGGUAUCAAGUCAUGGGCUUGAGUCAUCCCAGACUGAAACAUUUAGCAGUAUUUCAAGAGAAGGAACUUUAAUGAUAAGGGAGACUUCCAGUGACAAAAAGCGUUCUGGCCACACAGCCAGCAAUGGCUUUCCAGGCCAUGUCAACCUUCCAGAUUUGGUGCAACAGAGCCAUUCGCCUGUGGGCACACCAACCGAGGGCCUAGGGCGAGUUUCCACACAUGGACAAGAAAUGGACUCUGUGGCUGAAUAUGGCAUGGGAAGUAGCACGAAAGCAUCUUUCACCCCAUUUGUGGAUACCAGAGUAUAUCAGACCUCCCCUACAGAUGAAGAUGAAGAUGAUGAUGAAGAGUCCUCUGCUACAGCAUUGUUUACCAGUGAGCUGCUGAGACAAGAGCAGGCCAAACUGAAUGAAGCAAGAAAAAUUUCAGUAGUAAAUGUGAACCCCACCAACAUUCGUCCUCACAGUGACACGCCAGAGAUCCGAAAAUACAAGAAACGCUUCAAUUCAGAAAUCCUUUGUGCUGCUCUCUGGGGUGUAAAUUUACUGGUAGGAACAGAGAAUGGGCUUAUGCUGUUAGAUCGAAGUGGACAAGGAAAGGUGUACAAUCUGAUCAACAGGAGACGGUUUCAACAGAUGGAUGUGCUAGAAGGAUUGAACGUCCUUGUAACUAUCUCAGGAAAGAAGAACAAACUACGAGUUUACUAUCUUUCAUGGUUAAGGAACAGAAUAUUACACAAUGACCCAGAGGUAGAAAAGAAACAAGGCUGGAUCACUGUGGGAGAUCUGGAAGGCUGCAUACAUUAUAAAGUUGUGAAAUAUGAGAGAAUCAAGUUCUUGGUGAUUGCCUUAAAGAAUGCUGUAGAGAUAUAUGCUUGGGCUCCUAAACCAUAUCACAAGUUUAUGGCAUUUAAGUCUUUUGCAGAUCUCCAGCACAAACCCUUGCUUGUUGACCUCACAGUGGAGGAAGGUCAGAGGUUAAAGGUUAUCUUUGGAUCCCACACUGGUUUCCAUGUUAUUGAUGUGGAUUCGGGGAAUUCUUAUGACAUCUACAUACCAUCACAUAUUCAGGGCAAUAUCACGCCUCACGCCAUUGUCAUCUUGCCCAAAACGGAUGGAAUGGAGAUGCUUGUGUGCUAUGAGGAUGAAGGGGUGUACGUAAAUACCUAUGGACGCAUAACAAAAGACGUGGUGCUCCAGUGGGGAGAAAUGCCCACUUCAGUGGCCUACAUCCAUUCCAAUCAGAUAAUGGGCUGGGGCGAAAAAGCUAUAGAGAUAAGAUCAGUCGAGACUGGCCAUUUGGAUGGAGUAUUUAUGCACAAGCGUGCUCAGCGGUUAAAAUUUCUAUGUGAAAGAAAUGAUAAGGUAUUUUUUGCAUCAGUGAGAUCUGGAGGAAGUAGUCAAGUUUUUUUCAUGACCCUCAACAGAAAUUCCAUGAUGAACUGGUAACAAGAGGGCACCUGGUGCUUGCUUCGAUGCCAAGAUUUUUUAAUUUGAAAGGACAUUGGAAUAUGCAGACGGACACUGUAGAGGCAGGAGAAGAAGUCAUUGUUGAACACAUUGCUUCCUUCUGUGAAUGCAAUCACACUCACUCAGACACGCUGCAAGAACUCAAGACACAUUUCCUACUGUGGUUUUGGAAUGAAGGUUUACUCAAGAAUCCCACAAAUGCAACAGUGUUUAUGGGCAGAAAUGGACAAAUGCACAAGAUGUUUAGCAGAUUCAGAUGAAGCUGUGAUAGAGUCAGUUAUGAGUUUUGUUUUUCAUUUUACCUUUUCCUUGUCCCUCUCUUUGUAUGAAUGGGGACAGAUCUAAGUGUCAAACAGAAUCUCUGUUUUUAAUCUUGUCUGCCUGCUAGCAUCAAUUAUAUAGUAUAUUGUAAGGCAGUUUUCUUUAACCUACUGCCCUUCAUGUGCAUUGGCUGUACAUCUAGAGGGCGGUGGGUUGGGGGAAACUGUUGUAAGGUUACCAAUUAAAACUGGUGAGAGACAGCACAAUAAAUGUACCAUUUUCUCUUUGUGGUGGAGAUCCUAA